UCUUCGCGUUCUCCCGCUCUCACUCGGUCGGUAACCAAGCCGAGGCUUCCCUGCUUUUGCCAUGACAACAAAGAAACGAUCCCGGUACAUUCCCUGUUGUUUGGCCCCUGGUCACUAGGUAACAGCAACGCGAAUCCAAGAAAAAACAUCCGGAAAAGAUCCCCGAUUGUUCUUCUGUUCGUUUAAACGAAGAACACCAGAAGACGCUUCUUUACGCAUCAGAAUUCCCGAGCGACAAAUCCACUAAAAGACAUGACGACGCAUUCUCUUCCUUUUUUAGAGAACAGUCCUGGUCAAAAACUCCAGGUGGGAAAUGGAGUAAACAACAUUUUUGUGACACAGUCGCAGGACAGCAGAAGGGAAGAUGAUGCCAAUCACAUACCAGUUUUAAAAGUGCCUUCGAGCAGAGUCUUGGAGGCAGGAGUGACUACUUUGCAAAAGACCCUGGUUCUGAAGAAACAGGCAGAGCUGGAUGAGGUGGAGAAGCGACUUGCACUUAAACGGCUGGAUUUUAAAGCCUGCAUGGAGGCCCUUGCUCAGCGAAGGUCUGAACUUGAAAUAAAACUACAAGAGACUAAAGAAAAAGUAGGGAAAUUUGAGAAGUUCGUAGCUGAGAAUGAAGCAAAGCGACGCAGAGCGUUAAAGAGCUGUGAAGCUUCACGGGUGCAAAACAUCUUUAAAAAGCAGCAGAUAAAAGAUUUGACAGAACAGCUUAAAGGAUUCAGAGACAGGAGGCAAGUUUUAAAGGAGAGAGUGGCAAAAUACAAAAUCUAUGAGGAUUAUUUGAUAAAAACACGAGAUUAUCUCCCCAGCAAUUACCUCGAUGACGGGUCUGAAUCUCUAGUCAUGCCCAUCAUUCGGCGUCAUGAGACCUUAUCCAUCACACACCAGGAGCUGCUGCAACGUUUGCAACGUAUGGAGGCGGAGGUGGAGGAAGGCCAGCGGCAGCUGCAGAAUAUGAAGGAGGAACACAGCGUAAAGAAACUGAUGGCCAAUAAAGAGCUGUCUGAACUGCAGAGUGAGUUAGAGACCCUCAAAGAGAAGAACAAGCAGGCAGAGGUUAACUUGCAGAUGGAGCAAGACUUAUCCAGAGAGAAGGUUACAGAAGUGGGAAGACUGCUUAUGGCCAUCAGCAACCUUGCAGAACAGUGUUACCUACCAAAAUACGGACCGCUGGAAAAGAUGAACGCGCUGACAAUGAUGGACAUGGUGAAGGAGUACAUUCUGGACAAGGUAGACACGGAGAGGAGAGCGAGGAGGAUGAUGGAGUUGGGGAGUUUGAUGACGAGCACAACCGCCGCGGCAAACAAAAGAGAGAGGGGGUCAAUGAGAAGCUUUGGAAGUAAAACACAAAUCAAAAGUUCAAGUAAAGUCAGCAGAAGGAGUGAGACAUUUGGUUGAUGUUGUAGUUUGAGUAUUCAUCACAGUGUUGUCUCUUAUGGUUUGUUGAGAGUGGAGGUUCGUUCUUGAGAUGGGAAGAAGCAUUUGCUACCACUUCGUAGCAAAUGAAGUGUUACCAAAACCUUGAGAAAAAAAAAAGCUUGUAGGAGAACAUAAUGUUUUUUUUUUCAUUAUUUGCCUUUAUAACAUUUGUUCAGUGUUUCAAAAAUCUGUGCACCAACCUUUGCACUUAAGACGUCAUAGACAAGGAAAUGAAAACGUAGCUGUUUGAAAUGAGAUCCUCAUGUUUAUCCGAACUUGUAAAUUUGGAUUUGGGCACAUUGUAUUGUGAAUGUUGCUUUUAUUUAAAAAAAUAAAUAA